ACUCUGAGGCGCCGGAAGUUGGGGUGCGCCGUACCCCGGAGGCCCGCUUGACUGCAAGCGGCUUUUCGCUGAGGGACACGGGCAGCUAUGGUCUCAGACGAAGAUGAAUUGAAUCUUCUGGUUAUCAUAGUUGAUACCAACCCAAUUUGGUGGGGAAAGCAAGCAUUAAAGGAAUCUCAGUUUACUUUAUCAAAAUGCAUAGAUGCAGUGAUGGUGCUAGGAAAUUCUCAUUUAUUCAUGAAUCGUUCCAACAAACUUGCUGUGAUAGCAAGUCACAUUCAAGAAAGUCGAUUCUUAUAUCCUGGAAAGAAUGGCAGACUCGGAGACUUCUUUGGAGACCCUGGCAACGCUUCUUCUGAAUUUACUCCCUCAGGAAGCAAAGAUGGAAAAUAUGAGUUGCUAACAGCAGCAAAUGAAGUUAUUGUUGAAGAGAUCAAAGAUCUAAUGACCAAGAGUGACAUAGAGGGUCAACAUACAGAAACUCUGCUGGCAGGAUCCCUUGCCAAAGCUCUUUGCUACAUUCAUAGAAUGAGCAAGGAUGUUAAAGAUAAUCAGGAAAUGAAAUCAAGGAUAUUGGUUAUUAAGGCUGCAGAAGACAGCACGUUGCAGUAUAUGAACUUCAUGAAUGUCAUCUUUGCAGCACAGAAGCAGAAUAUUUUGAUUGAUGCCUGUGUGUUAGACUCCGAUUCAGGACUCCUCCAACAGGCUUGUGACAUCACAGGGGGACUGUACUUGAAGGUGCCUCAGAUGCCCUCCCUUCUGCAGUAUUUACUGUGGGUUUUUCUUCCUGAUCAAGAUCAGAGGUCUCAGUUAACCCUUCCACCCCCAGUUCACGUUGACUACCGGGCUGCUUGCUUCUGCCAUCGAAAUCUCAUUGAAAUCGGCUACGUGUGUUCUGUGUGCUUGUCAAUAUUCUGCAACUUCAGUCCUAUCUGCACUACAUGCGAGACAGCCUUUAAGAUUUCUCUCCCUCCUGUACUGAAGGCCAAGAAAAAGAAACUGAAAAUGUCCGCAUGACAGUAAAAAUUGUUUCCCCAUCACUUAGAGCUAUUAAUAGAAAUUAUAUGGCAGAAUCUUUGUUAGGAAGGCUCUGAAAAAAAUAGAGAUAUGUGUAAGAUAAAUUUUAGUGAACUUUCUUACAGGAAAUAUACUAAAACAGCAUCCUCAUCCUAUGCUUCCUGGGGGCUGAUUUAUUUGAGGGAGUCAUUCUAUGCAAUGUACCCUAAAAUUUUUUCUGACUGGUUUUUGUCCAGAAAUGGAGGAAGAAAGCACAAAUUUGUGAUUUUUUUUUUUUAAAUGAGGUGAUCGUUUGUCAAAGCCAUUCUGUACUGACUGAUUAUAAGUGUCAGAACCUACCAAGUCUAGGUUCUUACUGUGAAAUGUAUGAUGUGAAAUUUGAACACAGUUUUGGAAAAAGUGACUAUUUAUGGAGUAAUGGCAUCAAUCAAGAUAGAACAUGUUACUUGAGUCAACACUUCGACAGUAGUCACAUAAAUAAAAUCCUUGUUUUCUAGAUUGAGAUUUAGCUCCAGAUAUUAGCAGAUACUUAUUCUUUUGUCUGACAUUAGUACAUGUUUGGUCAGAGUUAUCCAAAUGAUAGUUUGUCACUGAAUAUCUCUAAAAUCUGAUUUUAAGUGAGUAAGGAGAGUGAGUGCAGUAGUCUGGUGGGAACUUUUUCUUUAAGAACAGUUGUGUGAAGAGCUUAUUUGUGAAAGCCAGGGUCUGGGUUCUGAGGGGGAAUUUCUUGGGGAGAAUGGAUUCUGUACAGUGAAGUGUUGCCCCACAUAGAAUUCAUCCCUUUUUUAAUGAGGAGGGGGAAAGCAUUAAUACUGGAGAACUGUUCUCUAGAAGUUUUGGACUUAAUACUGAAAAAUUCUAUAAGUUCAAAAGAAAAAUUAUUUGCAACAAUAAAAAACUUAUUUUUCUAUGUAACCUUGAAGUUAUUAAAAGUCCUUUUAAAUUCCAGCAGAGUGUAGGAAGCAUUUUUAGGAAUGGUGGCCAAUUUAAUUUUUUUUAAAAAGUAAAUUGACAAAGACCUAUUUGUGUAUACAACCUUGUAUAUAAAUAAGAUUUUAAUUUUCUCUUGAUACCAUCUCAGAAACUGAGUCUCAUUUAAGCAAUUUGGUGUUUGGUUGGAUUAUUUCAAGUAGAUUUUGUAUUCUGCAUUUUCAGUUUUGUUAACAAAUACACAAAGAUUUUGGUGAUCACUUUGCAAGUAUUUGCUAACCUUUAAGAAUCUGUUUGUCUUUUAAAAAUAAUAUUUAAUAUUUCACAGCCUAACUAUGUAUAAUGGAGAUCUCUAUUUUAAGUCUAGGAAACAAAGAAUCAUAUAUCUAAAGAUGAAUAAUUUCAAACAAGCUGAUAAGGUUUUUGUUAUUACUUUUUCAUUUGACAUGUUUUAUGAACUGGCCUAAUUCUGUUUAAAUUUUAUUUUUAACAGUUGUGUUUGUUUAUUUUGUAUAAAUGUUUAUAAUAAAAUAAUUUAAACUUUCA